AUGAAAAAUUUAAGCAAGUUUUAGCAAACAGAAGAAAAGAUUUAGAAACCUAAAAGCAUAGUAGAUUUUAUAAAAAUACUGAAAGCAGCCAAUAAAAUCACAUAUGAAGAGGAAACAAUUUUAAUGGAUUCUUCAGUUAGAGGUAAUCCUACUUUUAAUGUAAUACACUAAGAGUUUGAAAGAGAGCAGGCUGAACAUUUUAAUGAUGUGAAAUAUUUGCUGAAGUUUAAAAAUUUUCUGAGUUCGAUGCAAAACGCAAACAGAGAUAAACAGUAAGAAACUCUUGAACCUAAAAAUGAGAAGAUCGAAGUAUUAGUAAAGCCAUUGGACUAAUAAUUAGAAGAAAAGGUUAAAAAAAUAGAAAAAGGAAGUCCAAUAAAAAGAAACAGUGGGGUUGCCCAUAUAAAUCAUCCUGCAAGUCUGAAAAAUAUUGAUAAUAAUAAGAAUACGCCAUUGGCGAUUAGUCAAGAGACUUAAAAAAACAGACAGUUUGGAUAAUUCUUCAAAGAAACUAACAAUGAUGAUGAUAUAAUAAUAGCAGGAUAGUAUAACAUAAAAUGGAAUAAAAUUAGAGAGGAUACUUAGCCUAUUUCUUUGAAUUUCCUUUUAAAUUACUUAGCUCCUGAUAAAAAAAGAGAUGAAGAACUGUAAAAUGCAAUAAUACAAUCUGUUACAUCAAAAUAUAAAGAAUUAAAGAAGAAUAUUUCAGAAAUCAGCAGGUUUCUUAUACUUCCAUCUGCUUAAGACUUUAAUUUGUAUACGAUAGUUUCCUUCAUCAGAUCUAUCCUGAAAAACAUGUUUAAAAUCUGUGAUUUUGAAGUUACAAGGAUAGAAAACUCAAGCAUUUCAUUAUUUAGAUCUCAUUCAAUUACUAUAGCUAGUGGAGAUAUAAGAGAAACAGAGAGAGUAAAAAAAAAUCUUCAAGUAUUUGAGUAGGACAAACUUUAUAUUCUAGGAAAUCAAGAAAGAGAUCUAAUAAAUGACUGCAUAAUUGGUGAAAUACCAUAAUAUGUUUAUUUUAUGAAAAAAGCUGUCGAAGGAAAAAUAUUUUUGGUUUACUUUCUUUUAGAUAGUGAAUCGAAGCAAAUAGCAGAUUUUUUAUUUGAAAAUGUUAAUGGCUAAAAAUUUUUGAGAGUAUUCAGAGUAGUGUCUGAUUUGAUCAUUAAGAUUCUGACAGAAAAAAUUUUAGAUAAGUAGUCUUUCAUACUUAAGCUUUUCUACAUAGUAGAAGAAUAUUUAAAAUUGCAAAAAUACAUCCUAGUUAAUAAAUUUUAGGACUCAUUUAAAAUAUUGUUUGAAAAUUCGCUCUAUUUGCAUGAUAAUUCAGAAUACGACAAAAAAAAUUCAAAUUAUCCUAAAGAUGAUCAUUUAAUAUUAUAGCAUGAUUUAAGUAUUAUUGGGACAGAAUUUAAAUACUAUACUUUUAUAGAUGGUAUUUAAAUAAAUAGAUCUCCUCAUUACAAGCAAUUUGAGAAUGUAAUGACAUAGGUUUAUCAUAAACAUAGACAUGCUAUUAGCAGAUAACUUGAAAGGUACGCUGAUUGGAAAAUGGCAUUAAGUUUUAAUUAAGUUAUAUACUUAGAAUUUAAUAAAUUAGGCUAACUUUGCUUCAUAAAUUAGCAACCAUCUACAACUUUGAAAAAAAAACAUAAAAUUUAAUUACCUGAAAAUCAGCAAAAUAUUCAUUACACAGACAUAUUCAAAGAUAAUGAUAAUUUAUUGCAAAAUAUAAAAGAAUGCUAUAUAUAGAAAUCGUACUACAUCCAUAAAGGUGAUUACUCAUCUGAAGAUGUAGAAGAAAAUUUACAAUACUAAAUUAUAGCUCAACCAGGUGUAAAAAAUAAAAUUAAAAUAGUAAAGAUGAACUUAAAAGACAUAGAUUCAGAGGAAGAAAUUCAAUAAAAACAAUACAAAAUAUAAUCUCCAAUUUUCAAUUCUUGUCAAAAAACUUUUAACAAUAAAAUAAGGAACAAACUCACUUACUUUACUGCCAGCGAGUCUAAAAAUAUAAUUUUACAAGAUAAUGAAGCAAAGAAUAGUACAGUUGUUGAAUUUUUAUCUUAGGUAGAAUAAAAAAAAGUUAAUGAAGAGUAGAAAGCUCUAUAUCUUAAAAAGCUUGCUUCUCCUAACAUUUAGCAGAUCAAAAGAAAUAUUAAAUGUAUUGCUGACAUUGGCAACUAAUAAGAAAAAGGAAACAACUAUCUAAAUAGGCUUGUUACAAUCAGAAAAGUUACAGAAAAAGCCAGCUCAAAAAGUGAAAUCCUACUUAAGCCAGAAGAUUUUAAAAUUGAUGAAUAAAUAAACUUAGAAUUAGAAAAUUUUGGGAUUGAUAUAUGGAAAUAUGAUGAAAAUUAGAAGCUUAAAAUUGCUUGGCUUAUCAUGGAGAAAAGAAAUUAUUUUAAAGAGUACGAAAUACCAAUUGAAGAAUUCAUUACUUUUUUAUAUAAAUUAAGAGAAAAGUAUAAUAAGAGAGAAAAUCCUUUUCAUAAUUUCGAUCAUGGAAUUAUGGUUAUGCAUGGUUGUUUUAUGAUAGGUUGCAGAACUAAUGCUAAUAAAUACCUUAAUUCUAUUUAAGAAUUCAGUUUAGUAUUCAGUGGUUUAUGUCAUGAUGUUUCUCAUCGUGGAAAAACAAAUGCUUUUGAAGUAAAUACUAUGUCAAAAUUAGCAAUAAGAUAUCACGACUAGAGUGUUUUAGAAUAGCAUCAUAUUGCUCAUACAUUCAAAAUUCUAAGACAAAGCAAUGCAAAUAUUUUUAAAAAUCUAACAAUCCAGAAGGUAUAAUAAAUUAGAAGAUAUGUCAUCAAUAAUAUCUUAGCCACUGAUAUGAGCAAGCAUUUCGAUUACUUAAAAGAUUUCCAAAAUGAUUUUCUUCAAGAAGUUCACAAGAAAGAGUCAAAUUAAUUUGAGGAAAAAGAAAUUAAUUUAUUAACUGGCACAAUUAUUCAUACUUCGGAUUUCCAUCAUACAGCUUAAAAAUUUGAACUUAGCAAAUAAUGGAGUGUUAAAGUUAACAAAGAGUUCAGCUAAUAAUACAUUGAAGAAGGAAAGUAAGGAGUGUAGCAAACAUCUUACUUAAAAGAUUUAGAUAAAAUGCAUGUCUUGGCUAAAAAUGAAGCUGGAUUUAUUAAAAUGAUUGUGAAACCUCUCUGGGAAACUAUGAAUAAAUUUUUAAAUGAUUAACUAAUAGAGCCAGUAAGUAAUCUUGAAAACUCAAUAUUAGAAUGGAAUAAAAUAUAUGAAAAGGCUCUAAAGGAAGAGGAAGAAAAUUAAAAAUAAUAAGAAAUUAACAAACUACUAGCUUAAUCUCAAUCCUCUCACCAAGCAGGAUUAAAUAAUAAACUUAAAAAUUUAAUUUGA